AAGUAUUUUGAUCACUGUGGUUUUUCUUAAGACUACGUGGAUCCAUCCGUCUUCUAUGGAAUUAUGAGGAUCUACCUGUCUGGGUGGAAAGACAACACCUCUAUGCCAAAGGGGCUUGUAUAUGAAGGGGUGCUGGAGGAGCCGAUGGAGUAUUCAGGAGGGAGCGCUGCACAGAGCAGUCUGCUGCACUGCUUUGAUGAACUUCUGGGAAUCAAACAUGAAGAAACAAGUGGAGAGUUUCUAGCCCGCAUGAGGAACUACAUGCCACCUGCCCACAAGCAGCUGAUCCAGGACAUCUCACUGCAACCCUCCCUUAAGGGUUUCGUCCAGCAGCAAGCCAGCGAGAGGCUAAACCAGGCCUUUCAGCGCUGUGUCAAAAAACUCUUGGCUUUCCGCAGCUAUCACAUCAAAGUCGUCAGCCGCUACAUCACUGUACCUGCUGCACGUGCCCGACAACUGAGAAAGCAGAGCCGGGAGUCAGAGCAGGAGAUGAUCAGCAGAGCACCCACUGCGUUAGAGGAGAGAGGCACCGGGGGCUCUGGCAUCAUGUCCUUCCUUAAGACUGUGAGGAACCAAACAAAAUACACUUUGCUCCCUGAGACAGGCAAAAAAGAAUUGCACCAUAGCUAAUGUGCUGUCAAUACUUAUUAGCAGUAGUGUCAACUACAUGGUACAUAACAAUGGCUGCAACGGAUAUUUCACAUAUAUGAAAUAUAGAGGAUGAGUUGUGACAGGAUGAGGGUGAGAGACCUUCAUCACAUAUCUUAUAUGUAUCUGUGUUGAGUCUGUACAUAAAACUCAGCUUAUCAUAAUGAAACCCAUUGAUGUUACUUUCAUCUACAUUCAACCAAUAAUUCCUUCUUUAAUCUGAACUGGAAUGCAACAAUUUCAUCAGACAUCUGCUCCAGACCAUGCUCCAGACCCACAUAUCUAGAGGACAUUAGGACAUUAGCCAACUGAAGUCAUUGCUUAACCCCCUCUUACUUAUUCUGUUUAAACGCAGUAAAGAAAUAACAAAGUUUGUCUUCUAUAGCUUUAAAAUGUAGCAGCAUUGUUUUU